GACUGAACAGAUAAAAUGUGCUUCAGGAUUUCAACUUUAUUUCAGAACCGCCAGUGAUUCCUAUAACCAGUCCCCCGGUCCCCGUGAUGUCCCAGCCGCGGCCGGACAGGUCCUCAGACGAUAUUCUGACCCAGCUUCGCGAUGAGGGUGUGUUACCCGGCCUGAAACGGCGUGACAAUGCCGUCGCCUUCCAGGUGCCCACAGAGAACCCCGGUACUCCCCCGCGCCACCAGGAUAGGCUGAAGAAAAUGGAGAGGAGACUAGAGGAGCGACGGGAGAAGGUGAAGAAAAGCUGCCCUGAAUCUCGUGGUGAUCUGAAGAAGCAGCUUAGUGACGCGGAAGUUAGGAGACAGGAGCUGUUAGACGAGAAGACGGCCAGGAUUUCGAAGAAGUUUGCCGAGAAAGCAGCUCAGAUCAAGGCCAAGAAGGAGGCGAGCAGGAUGACCAGCACCGCAUUUCUGAUCACUGCAACCUCUGAUUCCGACGUCAUCGCCACUCGAGCAUCCCAGAGAACCAAACAGCUUGAGAAGCGCCUGGAGGCGAGAAGAGCGCGUGUGGCGAAGAAGGCGACAGUUGACGCACUGGAGACGCGCCAGAACCUCGCCGCUGAACGCCGCCAGGAACACAAGCUGGCUACCGUCUCUAAGGCCAAGAAGCGAGUCCGCUUCUCCCUCCCAGAUGACGAGCCAGGCAGUGAUGGCUACUAAAAGGGAGACGGACCAGACAAGACCAAGGGACCCGGAAGGGACCAACGUUUCUUCCCGGAAACAGCAUUUCUUUCAGGAAAUGUUGAUAUUUCGUCGCCAGUAUUUGAUAACUGUUGUGUUUUAGAGCACUGCGCAAAAACGCUCUUGUUGUUCUUUGAGACCUGAUUGUAAAAAAAAAAAAAUGUUUACAUUUAAAACGUUUUACCAGAAUUGUUUAAAUACAGAGUUAUGCUGUUAAAAUUUCUCCCGAUCGCACCAUAAAGUAUAAAAGUACCCAACUGGACACUGGACGAUACGCAAUGGCGUUCUUCUUUGAGACCUUAUUACAAAAAAAAAAUGUCAACGUUUAAAACGUUUUACCAGAAUUGUGUUUAUAUAGUUAUGCUGUUGAAUUCUUUCCCCCGAUAUCACCAUAAAGUAAUAGUUGGACACUGGAGGAUACAAAAUAUUUGCAAUUUGCAUGAUAUGGUACAGCUCAUCAAUUGUUAAAUUUUGUUCGAAAAUUCCUGGGUUUGUAUCACUAGUUAACCAGAGCAGUAGAGUUUGAAAGUUAAAAGUUUGCAUAACCUACACGAGUUUUGGAAGUUUUAUUUCUUAACAAUGACCAGUUGGUACAUUGUAUUACUUUAUGUUA